CAAUUCUGGAAAAGAAAAAAAAAAAAAGAAAUCCCCAAAAAUCUAGGGUUUUCUUCUUCCCCAAUUUCAUUUUUUUUUUUUCUUAUACGAAGUUUUGAUUCCUUCUUGCCGGCUGUCGGGUGUUGUCUCUCAAUUGCUCUCUCUUUCACCAAGUUCCUUUCUUUGCUUUCGUUAGAUUCUGGCUUCUCUCUUUUUUUUUUUUUUUUCCUAAGUCAAUUUCAUUCUCUGAACUCUCCAAAAUCGUGAUUGAUUCAGGGUUUUGAUUAUUCUUAAAAAGUGUUAAUCUUCUUGGAAGACGAUUUCAAUUGAGCUCUCUGCUGUGAAUUCUCCUCUGAGAUGCAAUCGAAACCGGGAAGUGAAAACGAAGAGGAGGAAGAGAAUCACCAUGCUGUUCAGCAACCGAUGAUGUAUCCUGAGCCCUGGUGGAAAAACAACUCCUUUAACGUCGUGCCUCAAGCCAGACCUUCUAUAGUUCCAUCAAAUUCUUCUUCUUUGGAUUGCCCCAACGGUUCUGAAUCGAACGAUGUUCACUCGGCUUCUGAAGAUGGUGCCUUGAAUGGUGAAAACGAUGGUACUUGGAAGGAUUCACAAGCUGCUAGUUCUUCCCGUUCAGUAGAUAAUCACGGAAUGGAAGGGAAUGACCCGGCGCUUUCUAUGCGUAACCUGCAUGAUCAGCAACUUGUACAACCACCAGAGCUUGUUGGACACUAUAUUGCUUGUGUCCCAAAUCCAUAUCAGGAUCCAUAUUAUGGGGGAAUGAUGGGAGCAUAUGGUCAUCAGCCAAUGGGUUUUCGUCCAUAUCUUGGAAUGCCUCGUGAGCGAACAGCUCUGCCACUUGACAUGGCACAAGAACCCGUUUAUGUGAAUGCAAAACAGUACGAGGGAAUUCUUAGACGAAGAAAAGCACGUGCCAAGGCAGAGCUAGAAAGGAAAGUGAUCAGGGACAGAAAGCCAUAUCUUCAUGAGUCAAGACACAAGCAUGCAAUGAGAAGGGCACGAGCUAGUGGGGGCCGGUUUGCGAAGAAAAGUGAGGUAGAAGCAGCAGAUGAUGCAGCAGGAGGAAGAGGAAGAGAAAGAGAAAGGGGUUCAGCAACCAACUCGUCAAGCUCUGAACAAAUUGAGACAGACUCUAAUGAGACCCUGAAUUCAUCAGGUGCACCAUAAUAAUUACAAAGCCGAAGCUCUGAAAGGGAAAAGAGAGACACUUUGGCUUAGUAUAUCCAUUGCCCUCCAAACCGGCAAAUCAUUCUUGGCUUUUUGGUUUUUGUUUUGUGUUUGCUAGUUGGUCUUGUCGAGAGUCCCAUAUCGUGUGGUGUUUUGCAGUUAUGAAUGUACAAAGAAGCGAGUUAUGUUAUAGGUGUUAGAUGGAGACAAGAGACGGGGAUUAGUUAGGGGGAGGUAUUGGUUUAGGAUUUAGAAAGAAUUUUAAUGACUUUAUGUUCUUGCUGAUUUUUAG